CGAUCGCCGACUCCGCUCAACAUGGCGGCGGGGGUGGUAUUCGCGCUCAGCCUGAUCCUCGUCGUCGGCCACCUCCAGGAAGGACCAGGGUCCCUCGCAAAGACCUUUACAUUCCCGGAGUACCCAUACAAGGAAACCACUAAGAACGAGCUUCUCUUCAGACAAUUCGAACAGGCUUGUGAGGAGAGCGGCGCUUGCAAGAUGCUAUCACAGCAUAGAACCGAUAGCGUCGCCAAAACACGAUGCAUUCGGGAAUGCGUGUCGCCAUCCUGUUACAAGGAGAUCUAUUUAUUCGAUCAGCUGGAGGAGGGUGAAAUCGACGUGAGAUUAAAUUCCUUCAAGGGUUGCUUCAUGCAGCGGAACGGUCGACCACGGAAGUAAGAAGAACGCAAGAACGUAAAAAGACACGCAAGAAAAAUAAAUUCCUAAUCGCGAAAUGAACGAUUAAUGGACGAACCGACGGCGUACCUUUCAGGGGAUGAUUGUAGUCGUGCAACAAAGGACACACGCUGCGACAACAGCCCGCUGUUCUACAAUAACGCUUCUUGCCUUGACUUUAUCAUCCCGGAAAGAUUAAAUUGAUGACAUGACUGUUGCGUGAUAUGCAUAAUGGAAUAAUCGGAAGAAAAGAAAAAUAAAGACGACAAUGCAUAUCAUGCACGGAAAUAAGUUAAACGAUGCGUGUCGCGCAAUUCCGCGUGGAAAUGAAGAGAAAACUUCGGCAAACUAAAAUCCAUAUUUGAAAACAAUCUUUUUCUACUUUUUUGUACACAUAUAUAUACAUUAGUACGUAUUAUAUAUGACUCCAACGUUAUUGCAAGAUUAAUAAUAAUAUCGCACAAAAUAAAUUAAUAAACCUGUUGGCCGCACCAAUAAUUUUA